UUGAAAAAUUGAAGCUGUUUCCUUGUGUGUCAGAAGCUCCGAGAAACGAGAGGCUGCAAUUUAUCUAUAUAGAUCUUUAUAUAUAUAUUUAUAUAGAUGUAUAUACAUGAUACUUAUAUACAUGACUAUAUAAAUAUAUCUACUCGAACCCGGAAGCAGACGGACGAAGAGAAGCUGCAGUGAACACUCCUCAUCUGAAGCUAGCAGCUAGCUGUUAGCCAUUAGCCCUUAGCCCUUAGCUCGUCGUUAGCCUCCGGACUCUCACGCUCUCACGCCGCCUCUGAGGCGAUGAGCACGGACCUACUCUCUGAUCUGGACACCCGCUUCUUCGCUGAUAACCUCCUGACCAGCGAGGACUGGGAUGCCUGCCUGUACCAGUGCGAGAACAUGGAGGAGGGGGAGGACGCCGCCUGCACCCGGGGGCGCACAUACCAGACCACGUUUGACAACGACCUCGUGCUGACCCUUGACCCUGACAGCCCCCCCUCUCCAUGGCACCACAGUGAUGACAACCUGCUCACAGGAGAAAAACCGGGAAACACAAAUGAAAUGACGAUAACUCAGCCGCUACCAGUGGAAAUGUUGUUCCAGGUGAAGGCAGAGCCUCUCUCUCCGGCCUCAUCUCUCUCCUCUGAUUGCUCCAUGUCUUCACCAGAACCUCAGAUCACAGUUAAAGGUGAAAACCCCCCCACCCCCCCGUACAUGUACGGAGACGUGCUGUCCCCCCCCCUCGGAGCCAUGGAGGUGACUGUGGCGACCUCAGCCGUGCCCCCCCCUCCACAGACACAGCUGCAGACGCCGUUGACGGCUGCGCAGAUCGGGGGGGGGCAGACGACAGUGCUGCCGAGGUCCUCCACGUUGAAGACCAGCACCAUCCUGAGCACGAAGCCCCCCAUCCAGCCCCGACCCUUGUGUGUCGCCUCCCUUCCUGUCCCCCAGGGACCUGCUCCAGCUAAGACCCUCAUACUACAGGGCCUCCCCCCCAUGGACCAGACCCGACCCGUCGUCCUGUCUCAGUCCGUCUGUCUCGGUUCAGCUCCGGCCAUCGUCAAACUGGAGCCGGUGUCUCCCUCCAUCACCCAGCACUGCUCCAGUCCCACCGCCCCCCCCCCCAGCAAACCCAUCGUGCCGGCCACCUCCACUCUGCCUGGCAGCAGCUCCGGGGACGUCGAUAUGAAGGUGCUGAAGCGGCAGCAGAGGAUGAUCAAGAACCGAGAGUCUGCGUGCCAGUCCAGGAAGAAGAAGAAGGAGUACCUGCACCUCCUGGAGGGUCAGCUGAGGGAGGCGCAGCAGGAGAACGAGCGACUCCGGAGGGAGAACCAGGCUCUGAGGGAGCGACUGGCUGGGAAAGAGGGCAGCGACUCAGCGGGUAACAAACGAGCCGUGUGUGUCAUGGCUGUUCUGCUCUUCAUGACCUUCAGCUUCGGACCCGUCAGCAUCACGGACAGGAAGCUGUCCCCGGGGCCACAGGACGGUGGGGUGUGGUACACGGGACGCCAGCUGCUGGAGAUCGAGCAGCAGCGCCCGGCGCCGCGGCAGGCGAGGGCGGCGCCUCCUCCUCCGAGCAGAGAGGAGGACAAGACGGAGACGGAGGAGGACGGGGCGGAGGCGGACGGAUUUGUUGCAGAGUCGUUUCCUUUCAGGAACCUGAGCGACGUCUUCAGUGACAUGAAGGACCUGGUUCUUCAGGACAUCGAUCGGUACUUCACCUCCUCAGACUGUCGGCAGUUCAAUCGCUCCGAGUCGCUGAGGUUGGCCGACGAGCUGAGAGGCUGGGUUCAGAGGCACCAGAUCGACAGGAAGAAAUCUGGAGGGAAACCAAAGAUUGCCAAGAAGGCCAAGAUCGCCCAGGUAAAAGCUCAGCUGAGGAAGACAAACUUCUCCAGAUAUCUGCCGAUUCCGACUCAUCGCUCCCUGGAGAGCCAGCUGCAGGUCCUUCCUGGUCCUGAGGUCACGUACAGCGACUUCCUGGACGCCAUCGAGCGCAGGGAGGACACUUUCUACGUGGUCUCCUUCCGACGGGACCACCUGCUGUUACCGGCCAUCAGCCACAAUAAGACCAGCCGACCCAAAAUGUCUCUGGUGAUGCCGGCGAUGUCCGUGAACGAGAGUCUGUACAACACGUCUCGAGGCUACGAGAUGAUGAUGCAGGUCGACUGUGAGGUCAUGGACACUCGGAUCGUCCCCAUCAAGUCCUCCGCCGUCCCGCCGUCCCUCCGCGACCCGCCGCCGCCCCCCCCCUCCCACCACAACCCUCACCACCACCACCACGGCAACCACACCUCGCUCAGAGGACGCCACCACCCGUCCUCCUCGCCAACGUCCCCGAGGCAACCGCUGCCUGCCCGCCGGCGGACAGCCGAGUAUUUAAUCAGCCAAUCAGAGGGGGUCUAGGGGCUGUCGCCAUAGUGAUGUACAGAACAGCGACGGUCGGUGGGAAACAUGGAGAAGAAGAAAAACCUGAAAUUGUUUUUGAAAAUCACUUUAUUGCUUAACACGAGUAACUUUCCUCUUCUUCUCCAAACAACUCUUUUCCUGCAGGAAACAGAAAAACUAGAAAGUUCAGAUCCGGUCGACUCGUCUUUAAACUCCUGUCGAUAUCAAAAGUUUGCAAAAAAACGUCCUAAUAUAUCAAAUAUAUUGUAAAAAUGAAAAUCUGGCAGCAGCAGCCUGCACUCAGACAAAGUGCUGCUUUUUAAUAUUUAAUGUGAAAAUGUGGAGUGAAUGAAAUGUGCCCGUUUGGAGCUGAGCUGAAGAAGAAAGGUUUGUGUUUGUCUGCGUGUCCUCCCUGAUUCGACCCACAGGUGGCGCUGCAGCAGAGCUUCUUUCACUGCACUUUCACAGGAAGUGGAUAAACGUCUCGCAGUGAGAGUCUGGUUAUUAAUGUUGCAGGAGAAACGUCUUGUUUCCUCGACUCUGCUGAUGAUUUGUAUAUUUGUGAAACGCUGGAGUCCAGAUGUUUGACUGACAGCUGCUGCUCGACCAGGGAUCCUGACGUGAACCACACGAAACCCGACGGCUUCAGGGAAACGUUCGAUUCCUGAGUCUGAACCGUCACUCCAGCAGCAGCACAGGUUUAGUGCCUUGCUCAAGGACUAAAGUCUAAUCUGAUCCUUGGUCGUGCCACAUCUGUCAGAUUAAUCUGUUUUCUUUUUGUCUUUAAAUAGAAAAAUCCUGUGGUUGUUUUGUGGGGAUUAUUUAAUAGAUGUAAAAUAUCAUUGUUCACUUUGUAGAUAUACUUUGUUUUUUUAUAUUUUUUUAUUUCCUGUGAGGCUUCAGUGAAAAUUUUCUAUAUUUCAUUCUCGCCUUUCUUUCAAGGACCAACCACGUUUGUUCGUUCAGUCUGUGCUCGUCAGGAUUUUCUCUCCCGACUCAAUAUAUUUAUGAAAAAUACAAUUAUAUGAAUAUGCCGUUUUUUUAAUUGUACAGAAUUAAGUUGUGAAGCUUCGGUUUUUCCUAAAAACACAGAAAAUGUAAAUUCUGCCAAAACAAUAAAAUUGAGCCUCUUUGACAA